AUCUAACCACAUUUAACACGGCAGUGCAGAAGCAAGUACAGGCUGGGCAGUUUAUAUCAGUCAGAGCAGACCUCUCCUUCCACCCACAACACACUGGGUGUUCAGAGGUUCACUCCCUCCUCUGACAGACAAAGACAAAUGGUGCAACCCAAGAAGAAGUUUCGUGGAGUCAGGCAGCGCCACUGGGGCUCUUGGGUCUCCGAGAUCAGACACCCCCUCCUUAAAAGGAGGGUAUGGCUCGGUACCUUCGAGACGGCCGAGGAGGCUGCACGGGCUUACGACGAGGCCGCCGUGUUGAUGAGUGGCCGCAAUGCCAAGACCAACUUUCCUGUUCAGAGGAGCAGCACUGGUGAUCCUGCCCCAGCUGCAGGCCGGGAUGUCCGGGGUGGCAACGGUGGUGGCAGCAGCUCCUCCUCAAUGAGCAACCUGUCCCAGAUCCUCAGUGCCAAGCUCCGCAAGUGCUGCAAGGCACCAUCUCCAUCCCUAACCUGCCUUCGCCUUGACCCUGAGAAGUCCCACAUUGGUGUCUGGCAGAAGCGCGCGGGGGCCCGCGCUGACUCCAACUGGGUUAUGACCGUGGAGCUCAACAAAGGGGUGGGGCUACCCAGCGAUGUUGAGGCGCAGUCCACAAUAUCAACAGCAACAACUUCUUCAUCGGUGAGUACAAUGGAUGAUGAGGAGAAGCUCACACUGCAGAUGAUCGAGGAGCUGCUGAGCAGGAGCGGUCCAGUUUCACCUUCACAUGGAGAAGACGAAGGCGACUUCGUCGUCUGAAAAGCAUGGAUGAAACAGCAUAACAAGGUCGCCAUCCAAGAUCAGGGUCCCGUAGGCUGGUUGGUACAAAGGCAGUUACAGGUUGCUUCAGUAAGAUAGAUAUGUCUAUUACUCAAGCCAAGUGACAAAUAUUAUAUAAGUUUGCAAUUGUGUGCAGCUAUAUAUUACUUAUAUUGUUAUUACAUAUGCAGUCACCAUCAAGAUACUUUGUUACACAUCAAUGUCAGUUAUAUAGUUUACCAUAAAAGGAAAUAAAUAUUAGUAUAUUACCUUUGUUCA